ACUUAAAUAUACACAAAACAGUCUCUCUAUAUUCUCAAGGUAAGGUAGGUAUGAGGCUGCGUAUGCACCACCCUCCCACACAGGUGGAAUUAUAUUGGUAUGUUGUUGCAGAAGUAAUGCGGAAUGAAUGAAUAUAUUGCACCCUGAGCAUGAGCUCAAUGAAUAAGACUCACAUCCCAAUGUUUCGUUCAGGCUCAGGAAACAUCAAUAGCUAGAACUACGGCCCAAUGAAAGGACAAAUAUUUCUACAAACUGCCAAAAACAGAAUGAGUCACCAAUUAAAGCUACCGCCGUUCAUUGAUACCUUGUGAUUAUAAGCAUCCAAAAUUUGCCUCUUUCUUUGAACGGAAGAAAUCAGACCCUCCCACUUUCAGCUUCAAGACAAAUCUUUUCGUUCCACCAUGCAGUUAUCAGUAAAUUCUGCAAAAUUCGAAUCGUUGUGCUUUCAGGGCCAGCCAGCAUGGAAAAAUCCACUGCGUAUACGCAUCACUUAGCUGAAAGUUCAUCAAGGAAUUUUUAUACAGAAGAAGCUAAUUACAGAAAUAAGGAGCUUGUGCGUGCUGAACAAGUUAAACUACUUGAUAAGAGAUUGAGAAUUCUUGAAGAUGAAGCAGAGAUUCUCAAGGUAGUUAUCUUGGAAGGUGCGGAAGAAAGAAGAAAGUUAGUAAAUGAAGUUCAAAACGAAUUUCAGGCUGCCUUCGGAUACCCAAAGCAUCAACGACAUGGACUCCUGCAAAUUCUACACGAAGAACCAAAUCCACCAGUUGUCAUCAGAAAACUGAGAGCUUCAGAUGCUACUGAAUGUGUAUCUGAAUUCUCAGGUCGAUGGUUCCGCCUGAAGAUUUGAUGGCCUGGAAGCUGCAGUUUCUCCUCAUGUGUGGUGCUGAUUUCUUUUUAUUCAGAUACCAAACACGUGAAAAUAUUAUUUUCGCUUCUUAGGUGGCGGUGAUAGUUGAAACUCAAUAUUUUUUGGUAUGAUUUGAUGCCAUAUUGAACGGUGUGACUGUCUGUCUAAAAAGUUUUACUAUUAGAGAUAUCAUACUUUAUCUACUGAAUUAUAUUAUGUCUCAACGAUUUCAUCAUCUGAAGUUAUAUAUACUUUCACUAGAAGCCUGCUGUUAUGCAUUACAUAAUCUGCAAAGAAGAAGCUAUUUGUUGUAGCUAGUUUCUACAUUCUCAAUGUAAGGAUUCUCACUUCGUUUAUUCAUCAACCAUUACUCAUCUCUUACAACUUUCCAAACAAAUGUGAAAUGACAAAUGAAAAUGAAACUGGCACAGAAGAAUUUUUUAGUUAAUCAAUACUUUUAACCAUGAAAACAACCAACAACAUUAUUGCACACCAGAAGAUACUUAUUGCUGGCACAAAUAUGGAAGACAAACUUAGGACUCAGAGAGAAAACAGCCAACCCAUAACAUAGCAACUCUCUAACUUCUAAGCAUACGCUUCAGGAUUCUGGAGGAGAUAGGCUUCUACAGCUUUGAACAUCGCCAAAACCUUCUCUUUGCCUGCCUUGAUUUCCUCUUCCUUGAGCUUGAAAUCUCCCACAGUAUAGUAUGAGCUAGUCACCUUAGAGAUGGAACCACCAUCUGCUGACUGCUCAAACUUCACGUCAUAAGUUAUCUUCUCAAGGUUGUCUACCAGUCCAUCACCUUCGAUCAUUGUAUACUUAUAUGUGUAUGUCUCCUCAUUAAGCUCAUCCACACGAUACUAUAUGGACUUAAAAUUUCCACCUACACAUGCACAAAAAGAUAUAAGAUAAAACCAGAAGACUUUUGCAUAAAACAUAAAUAAUUUUGGUGAUUAUACCGUCAGGAAAAUUGAUAGUCUUGAUGCUUCCAGCACCUCCAUCACCUUGAACUUCAAUGCUUUUGAUAGCUUGUGGCAUCAACUUAGGGAUCAAGUUAUGAGAAUCAACAAUGGAGGCCUUGAAUAUUCUUUUUGGGGGAAGUGGAGAAGUGUUCUCCUCAGUGAAGGUGGUGACAGCCAUAAUGUUUUGAUUCUGAGAUGAAAUUUAGUUGAGUGAGAUUUUUGUAGGGGGAGAGCACUUGUUUGAUACAAAAAGAAGGAAAUUUAAGAGUUUAUAUAGGUUCAAGU